AUGGCUGACGGUGUGGGAGAACCAGGAAGCUCCAUGCAUGGAGUUACAGGCCGAGAACAAAGCUUCGCUUUCUCAGUGGCCUCCCCCAUCGUCCCGACGGACACGACGGCCAAGUUCGAUUUACCAGUUGAUUCAGAACACAAAGCCAAAGUCUUCAAGCUCUUCUCCUUCGCCAACCCUCACAUGAGAACCUUCCAUCUCUCUUGGAUCUCUUUCUUCACCUGCUUCGUCUCCACUUUCGCCGCCGCUCCUCUCGUACCCAUCAUCAGAGACAACCUCAACUUAACCAAACAAGACAUCGGAAACGCCGGAGUUGCCUCCGUUUCCGGCAGUAUUUUCUCCAGGCUGGUCAUGGGUGCGGUCUGUGACUUGCUGGGUCCUCGCUACGGCUGCGCUUUUCUCGUCAUGUUGUCGGCGCCGACUGUGUUUUGCAUGUCGUUUGUGGCGAAUGCUGGAGGGUAUAUCGCAGUGAGGUUCAUGAUUGGAUUCUCGUUGGCGACAUUUGUGUCGUGUCAGUUUUGGAUGAGUACGAUGUUUAACAGUCAGAUAAUUGGACUGGUGAAUGGGACGGCGGCGGGGUGGGGGAAUAUGGGUGGCGGAGCCACUCAGCUCAUUAUGCCUUUGGUCUAUGACUUAAUUACCCGCAUUGGUUCCACUCCGUUCACCGCUUGGAGGAUUGCUUUCUUUGUUCCUGGAUGCAUGCAUGUCAUCAUGGGCAUCUUGGUCUUGACUCUGGGCCAAGAUUUGCCUGAUGGAAACUUGGGUGCUCUACAGAAGAAGGGUGAUGUCGCCAAAGACAAAUUCUCCAAGGUUAUGUGGUAUGCAAUCACCAACUAUAGGACAUGGAUCUUCGUCCUUCUCUAUGGUUACUCCAUGGGUGUUGAAUUGUCAACUGACAAUGUCAUUGCUGAGUACUUCUUUGACAGGUUCAAUCUAAAGCUACACACUGCUGGAAUCAUAGCAGCAACUUUUGGCAUGGCGAAUUUCGUGGCUCGACCAUUUGGUGGCUACGCUUCCGACGUAGCGGCUCGUAUGUUCGGCAUGAGAGGCCGUCUCUGGGUUCUAUGGAUCCUCCAAACCCUCGGUGGAGCUUUCUGCAUCUGGCUUGGCCGAGCCAACACACUCCCCAUAGCCGUUGUAGCCAUGAUUCUCUUUUCCCUCGGAGCUCAAGCAGCCUGCGGGGCAACCUUCGCCAUCAUCCCCUUCAUUUCUCGCCGCUCUCUCGGCAUCAUCUCCGGCCUGACAGGCGCCGGCGGCAACUUCGGAUCAGGUCUAACCCAGUUAGUUUUCUUCUCCACCUCGAGAUUCUCCACCGCAGCCGGGCUUUCUUGGAUGGGAGUAAUGAUUGUGGCCUGCACGUUUCCGGUGACUCUGGUCCAUUUUCCACAGUGGGGAAGCAUGUUCUUGCCGCCGUCGAGAGACGUUAUGAAGUCGACGGAGGAGCAUUACUACGCUUCUGAGUGGAAUGAGGAAGAGAAGCAGAAGGGUUUGCAUGCUGGUAGUCUGAAAUUUGCAGAGAACAGUCGGUCUGAACGAGGAAAACGAAUUGCAUCUGCACCAACUCCUCCAAAUUCCACACCAACACAUAUGGUUUGAGUUUUUCUACAACGAAGAUGAUGAUUGAGUUGAUCAUCGCGAAGAAUAAUGAUCAGGAUUCAGAAGGGUAGAAACUUGAG